AAACAUUUUGAUCGCUCUCCGGACACAAACGAGCUGUUCUGGUUUGCCGCUCCUCCAAUGAAUACCGCUCGGACACCACCCCCACAGCAUAGUCUGACGUACUUGCAUUUCUUGGCGACGAAACGCAAGGGCGCGGGUUCAGACGUCAUGGACGUCGAUGGUGAAGCUGCUUCAACAGGUCUUUCAAGUCGACAGCACACAGUUGCGCCUCCAACAGUUGGCGAAAUUCUGCAAGCAACCAUGAAUUCAGCAUCU